AUGGAGCUGCUCGAGUCUACCACGUUGGCUGCUCUUGUGGAAGUCCUCCUGGCGCAGAAUAACAUCCCCGGGCUGUGCAUUGCGGUUGUUCACAACGAUGAAGUCGCUUGCAAAGGCUACGGCGUGGCCAACUAUGAAGACAAUAUAUCCUGCACCGGAGACACCCUGUUCGAUAUUGCCUCCUGCUCCAAGUCCUUGACUGCUGCUGCGGCAGCAUUGCUGGUGGAUGAUCAAAAAUUCCCCAAGGUUCAGUACACUGCCCUAAUGUCGGACCUGCUGCCGGACGACUUCGUCAUGCCUGACCCAACUUAUACCACGGGCAUCACCCUUGAAGACGUUCUCAGUCAUAGAACGGGCAUGGCCAGCCACGACAGCUCCUACAUGGGCAUCAAGUCAAGCAAUCCAGACACUCCAAAGUCCAUCACAAGGAACCUGCGAAACCUCAAACCAGCUGCUCCUCUGCGAUCGCGGUACCUCUACUGCAACCAGAUGUACACCGUCGCGACGCAUCUCAUCGAGGAAACUACCCAGCAAAGCUUUGCCGACGUUCUCCAGGAGCGCAUCUUCAACCCGCUAAACAUGACCUCCACCACACUGCAGCCCGCAGCCACGCAAGCCAAAGGCUGGAGUGACCGCAUGGCCAAGGGCUAUAUCUGGGAAAACAAUACCUGGCGAAGCCUACCACCCCAGAACUGCCCGGAAGCCCAAGGGGCUGGGUCUGUAAUUUCCAGCGGGAACGACUUUAUCAAAUGGGUCAAAGCCUUGCUGUACCAUGAAGGGCCAAUCACUGAUAAAGUCUACCAUGGUCUAACCACGCUGCGGUCAAUCGUGAACCCGAACGGAAGGAGACUAAGAGCCCAUACCACACCGGCUAUCUACGCUGCUGGGAUGGAGAUAUACUAUUACCGUGGAGUGCAGGUUAUCGGGCACGACGGCAGAGAGCCCGGUUUUGCGAGUCGAUUUGUCUUCAUGCCUGCCCUACGAUUUGGAGCGGUGGUUUUGGGGAAUUCUGCUGGUGCUGGGCAGGCUGCUACGGUGAUUAUCAGGGCGCUGAUGGAUGAGAUCCUGGGUGUUGCUGUGGAAGAGCGUCCGUCAUACAAGAAAGAAUCAAAGGCGAAGCACGUUGCGAAAAACACCAAGGCACCACAGACGAAUAAGCCGAACCAGCGGAAUAAGGACCGAGAUUAUUGGAACCCAGGAUAUCGCCAUAUGACGUUGCAGGUCAAAGACGAGCACCUCUUCGUGGACGCGACCGAUCGCUCUAUGGGCUUCACGCUGACGUUCCAUCACGUCAAAGACCAGACUGAGUACACUGCGAUACUGACGGAUGAGGUUGAGCUCACCGACGAGGCAGUCGAAGCAGAGUUUGUUUUUAAAGACGGCAAAGCUAUCAAGAUGGGCCUGGACCUGGAGCCUACAAUUAAGGAGUUAAUCUGGUUUGAGAAAUUCAAUACAAUGUAG